AGCGGAAGUCACUGCAAAGAGAGAGAGAGAAAGAGAGGGGAAAAACAAACUGCGCCUCGCAUCAAACUCCAGCGCCGGCUCCGGACUCUUUUUUUCUGUGAAGUGCUCCCGCCUCACAGACAAAACACAAUGAAGAGAAUCCGGCACCCGAGCAGCAGUGAUGACUCAGACAAUGGAAGUAACUCCACCUGCUGGUCCCAGCAUUCGUCGGGUCACCGGAGAGGGACUGGACAGAAACCCUCAGAGGUUUUCAGGACCGACCUGAUCACGGCCAUGAAGGUGCACGACUCGUAUCAGCUGAAUCCCGAAGACUACUAUGUUCUGGCAGACCCGUGGAGGCAGGAGUGGGAGAAAGGUGUCCAAGUCCCAGUCAGCCCCCAGUCUAUUCCAGAGCUGGUUGCCAGGGUGCUGGCAGAGAAAGGAAAGGAGGUCAUGUUCAUCAGGCCAAAGAAGUUGAUCCGGACCUCCGGGACCGAGGCGCUUGGCUACGUGGACAUCCGGACCCUGGCAGAAGGGAUGUGUCGCUACGACCUGAACGAAGAAGACGUGGCGUGGCUGCAGAUCAUCAACGAGGAGUUUGCAGAGAUGGCCAUGCCGCCGCUGGACGAACUCACCAUGGAGCGGGUGAUGGAGGAGUUCGAGCGCCGUUGCCACGACAACAUGGCACACACGGUGGAGACUGAGGAGGGGCUUGGAAUCGAGUACGACGAGGACGUGGUGUGUGACGUUUGUCUGUCCCCGGAUGGCGAGGACAACAAUGAGAUGGUGUUCUGCGACAAGUGCAACAUCUGCGUCCAUCAGGCCUGUUACGGCAUCCAGAAAGUCCCAAAAGGCAGCUGGCUGUGCCGGAUCUGUGCGCUCGGCAUCCUCCCAAAGUGCCAGCUGUGUCCGAAGAAGGGCGGAGCCAUGAAGCCGACCCGAAGCGGGACCAAGUGGGUCCACGUCAGCUGCGCCUUGUGGAUCCCAGAGGUGAGCAUCGGGAAUCCAGAGAAAAUGGAGCCCAUCACCAACGUGUCCCACAUCCCCAGCAACAGGUGGGCCCUGAUCUGCUGCCUGUGCAAAGAGAAGACAGGAGCCUGCAUCCAGUGCUCUGCGAAAAACUGCCGAACUGCUUUCCACGUGACGUGCGGCCUCCACGCCAGCCUGGAAAUGAGCACGGUGCUCACGGAGGACGACGAGGUGAAGUUCAAGUCGUUCUGCCCCAAACACUCCGGGAUCGAAGGAACCGAGCCCAGUGGCAAAGACCCAGGAUCCGAGAGGGGAAGUCCCAGAGAGAAGAAACGGUGGACAGCCGGCGAGCAGGAGGAGCUCAGCAACCAGCAGCAGGAGAAAAGAGUCAACCUCCGCAAGAUGAAGCUCCAGGAGAUGGAGGAGGAGUUCUACCAGUUCGUGGAGGUGGAGGAGGUGGCCAAACACCUGAAGCUCUCCCUGGAGGUGGUGGACUUCCUUUACCAGUACUGGAAACUGAAACGCAAAGCCAGCUUCAACCAGCCGCUCCUCGUGCCCAAAAAGGACGAGGAGGAGAGCCUGGCGCGCCGCGAGCAGGAGGUGCUCCUGCGACGCCUGCAGCUCUUCACCCACCUCCGCCAGGACCUGGAGAGGGUCCGUAACCUGACCUACAUGGUGACCCGGAGGGAGAAGAUGAAGCGGUCUCUGUGUAAAAUCCACGAGCAGAUCUUUCAGCACCAGAUCCGGCUGCUGGACCACGAGCUGCUCAAUGGUGAUCCCUCAGAGAAGGACCUGGAGAAGCUCUUCUCCCUCGGCUGGUUGUCCUCACCGGCCACAGAGUCCGGGUCCACACUGAGCCACUCUGGACUAAAAUCCAAAAGAGGGUCAGUGAAGCAGAAGAGACAGAAAAGCAGCGACGCAAAAAGCCCGCCGGACUCUACGCUCUCCGACAAGAAGCCGCCGGAGACGAAGGACCUGAAGGGUCCCCAAACCCCGGAGCCUGUAGGACCCGCGGGCGACGUCAAAGUCCACAAGUCUCACAUGAGGCUCCAGAUCUUCCUCCCAAAGCUCCAGAAGACAGAGAUGGUUCUGGGAGCUUCCACCUUCAAGCUGCUCCAACCUGAGAGCACAAAAGUCCCGAGACGAGACUCGUCGGGACGGGAGAACGAGGAGCUGAAGGGGAGGAAGAAAGACGAGCAGGAGGAGAAGGGGAGGAAGAGGAGAAGUGACGUGACGGAGAGCAGCCUGCCAAACCGGUUCGUGUCCAAACAUCUAGAGAAGACUGUGUCCAUCAGGCUCGUGGACAUCAGGAACUCUGACUCGGACGACCGUCUCGUCGAGGACCGGAUGAGCAGACGGAGCACCGUGACUCUAAACACUAAACUGAACAGAACUGGUCCGGUUCCAGACGCUGUCCCCAGAACCAACGGCUGGCUCCGAAACCUCUCCCACCAGGACUCCGCUGCGCCCACCAGACCCGCAGCGGGACAUCUGAAGAGCUGGGGGAAGUUCAGGAUCCCCAAGAGGAGCGACAAGCCGCUGAAGGAGGAGCAGGAGGAGGCGGAGUGCCGCAAGCCCCUCCUGCGACCCCUCACCAACACGUCGGAGCCAUCGUACCGCAAAACGCGGCUUCGCACCGGCACCGAGAACGAGGCGGGCGACGGCGACCUGGAGCCCUGCCUGAAGCAGUGCCACUCCCACAAACUGAGGGGCGACUCGUCUCUGGGGCGCCAGUACGGGUCGGACGUGAUCCGCCGAGGCGUGCUGGCGUCCUGACGGAGCCACGACAUCAGCAGCAGCGGUAACCGCUGGCGAAGGACGGCGGCCGCGUCUCCUCGAAUUACUUCCUGAAGAAAUCCACGACGACGACAGAGUUGUUAUUUAUUUUUUUAUCUGUACCAUAAUGUCAACCGAGGAAACGUUUUCCUUUGUUUUGAGCUCCUUUGUGUUUUUAUGUAUUUAUUUUUUUUUCCUCCCGCCUUCGUAGAAAAAUGUCAAGUUGCCAAUUAAACGCUCGCUCAAAUAACCAGGAAGACGUGAUUGUUGCUUUGGGACCAUAAGCUUUGAACUUUGCUCGUAGUGAAAGUCGUCCGCUGCGCCUGAAGACGAGGAGAGUUCAGUUCAGAGACGUUCGUCGGACAAAAACUAAACCCACAAAAGUCCCAAAAUGAUCCUGAAACUGGUCUCUGGUUCUGACCUUUGGUCCAACAAAUGAUUUUAGAAAACGCGUUGUAUUGAUUUGUUGAUCAACUUUUUGAGGGCAAUCCAGUGAUUUCUUUAUCUCUGAUACAGAUGUUCCUUAGAUA